GCCGGGCCGCGCGCGCGCCCGGACGCGGAAGUGCCSGAGCCGGAGCGGCGGAGACGGCAAUCCACCAUGUCCAACCUCCCUCCUCCGGCAGCCGACGGGAUUUGCUUCUACAUCCUGACAGAGGACUGUGCCUACGGAAGCAAAUACUUCCAAGCCGGCAACUUGUGCUUCUGCAGCGAGAGGAGCUACCUGAGGAAUUUUGCCGAGGACGGGCCUCCAGCUUGCUUCCUGAAGGUCAUCAUGCUGGACGACAGCUCCACGGUCACCAUCAACCUGGAGAUCCUGCAGCCCGUGCGCCAGGAAGCCGCCGGGUUCCUGCUGGCCGUCGGGAGCCACAGCGAGCGCUUGAAUUUUUUCCUGGAGAGGCUGAGGCUGGAAGGAGCUCUGCGAGCCACGCCGGGGCAAAACGUGAUGGUGGAGGUGGAGAGGGAAUUUUUCCCGGGAGUCGUGCGCUACAUCGGGAGCAUCUACAAGCCCAGCUUGGCYGUGCUGACUCCGGUGUUUUUCGGGGUGGAAUUGCAGGGAGAGGGGGAAAACAGAGGGAGGAGCGACGGAUCCUACCACGGCACUGAGUACUUCAAGUGCAAGAGGAACUGUGGGAUCUUCCUGCCCUUCAGCAAAAUCCAGUUUAUUCCCACACCAGAGAAUGAUUAUGGGAAGCAGAAGCCAAGAAAAGAGGACACGGAGGAGGUGGUUCCCGUGAAAGUGGGAGAUGCCGUCAGCUUCUACGUGGAUGAGAUCCUCACCAAAGGAAUUGCCAUGGCGGUUUACAGGGAAGGGAACCAAUGGUUCGUGAAAGUUUGCCCGGAAGAAGAAGGAACGACUGACAUAUUCCGGGAAAUCCCGAUGGAUUCUGUUGUGAAGGAGAGCUUGCAAAGUUUUUUCCCGACGUUCGACUCCGACGUGGGCUUGGGAAAACCAAACAYGAUGAAACGAGAGAUCAGCGACAGCAGCGAGGAGGGGGAGAGUGGAAAUUCCCCCCUGGAAGUGAAYUCCAUGGUCCAGAUCACCUUGGACAAGGGAACUCAGGUUUCAGGGAUCAUCCGCUGGUUGGGCUACCUGCCCCAAAUCAAGGACAAAAUGGCUGGAGUUGAACUGGAUGAGGAUAAGGGGGUCACGGCUGGAGARUGGCUGGGCAAGUCCUACUUCCAGUGUGCCCCGAAGCGCGGCCUCUUCGUGCGGCUGAACUCCUGCCAGCCCGACGUGCGCUUCCAGAGCUUUCCCAACUCCGAGCUGGCCCUCGGGGAUUAUGGAGGACAAGAAGUUUUUCCACAAACUCCAGAGAGUUUUCCUCCCCUCAGGAAUGAGGCGGCAGUGCGUGUUCUCCGAGGKCAGAUGAAAGGCAUCCAAGGCCAUUGCAAUUCCUGCUACAUGGAUGCAACUCUCUUCAGCCUCUUCUCCUGCACAUCYGUGCUGGACUCCAUGCUCUUCAUGCCCUUCCCGCUGUGUGACAGGAAUGUGCAGGGAAUUCUGCGGGAUGAGAUUGUCAAUCCCCUCCGAAGGACUGGCUUUGUCAGGGCCAGCAGCGUGAUGCACCUCCGCGAGCAGCUCACGGACAAGGGCGAGUGCUCCAGCUUUACCAACGCUGAGAAAGAUCCCGAGGAGUUCCUCAAUCUCAUAAUGCAGCAGAUCCUGGGAAUUGAGCCACUGCUGAAACUCCAGUCAGGAGGCCAGAAGGAGCAYGAUUGUUACUGCUACCAGAUAUUUAUGGAUCAACAGGAGGAUCUGGUGGUUCCUGACGUGCAGCAGCUGGUGGAGCGCUCCUUCCUGUCCUCAGAUCUGAAGCUGGUCGAGAUCCCAUCUUGCUUCAUUAUCCAAAUGCCACGUUUUGGGAAGGAAUACAAAAUGUUCAGCAAAAUCAUYCCUUCCUUGGAGCUGGAUAUAACAGAUCUGCUGCUGGACAGUCCCAGGGAAUGCUGCCUGUGCGGAGACGUGGCCACUCUGGAAUGCUCCGAGUGUUUCAAGGACAAAGUGUUUGCAGCCACAGGACUGAAGCAAUUCUGCAGCUCCUGCUCCAGACAGGUUCACUCCCAUCGCAGCCGCCAAGCGCACAAACCCCGGAGGCUGCACAUUCCCGAGGAAUUCCGCAGCUGCAGCGCCCGGGGCUGCCAGCAGGUGCCYCGGGAGAAGCUGGAGCUCUUUGCCGUGCUCUGCAUCGAGACCAGUCACUACGUGUCCUUCGUGAAAUACGGCCCCGGCAGCGAGCACUGGAUGUUCUUUGACAGCAUGGCCGACCGACACGGUGGCGAAAACGGCUUCAACAUCCCCACGGUGACGCUGUGCCCAGAAGUUGCCAAAUACCUGGACUUGCCCCUGGCUGUGCUGGCCCUGGAGCAGCCUCGGGACAUGGAUGGGGUGGCCAAACGCCUCUUCUGUGAUGCCUACAUGUACCUGUACCAGAGCAGGAAAAUGGCACUGUACAAGUGACCCUGUCCAAGGCUGGUGGCACGGAGCGGUGUUGGAAACGGGAGCUUGGAUCRUCCCUGAAGGUGGAAGCAGCUGAGUCUGGGUGCUCUGAGCUGCCUCUUCCCCCCUGUGCUGGUAUCAGAUUAUCCAAGGCAGGCUGGGUUUGUUAAAUCCUGGCUUAACCCGGUGGUAGUUGGUCCUUGGGUGCAGCUGGACUUGGAAUUAUUGACAUUAAUUCAUUCUCCUUCUCCACAUUCCACACCCUCCUCGCUCUCCAGGUACUCUGCAGCUGGAGCCUCCCCAAAAUCCUCUUCUCCCUGCCAUCCUUCCCUCCAAAGCUGGGACCAGCAGAAAUCAAAACACAYGGAAUUAUCCACAGAUUUAACCACAACCUCACUUUCCCUAGAACAUCCUCACUUGGAUUUGUGGAGUGAGAAAAAAAAACAGGUGGGAUUGAGACAGAUCAGGACGGAUUUCCCACCUCUAAAUCUGUGUCACUUCCUUCUCCAGCACCGACUGGCACGUUUACCCACCAUACCUUAUUUCCAACAAUGGAUAUCCAAAAUUUUAAAACCAGACUUUUUCCAAGAACAAAACUGGAAGGAGGAUGGAGCAGAGGAGCAACAUCCAGACUCCUGCUGCUUCCUCUUUUUGGCAAAAUGUGCACAGGAUUCAAAGUCCAACUUCACUUUCAGCACUUUCUGUCCCAUCUUUGCACCCACUUCUGAGUUCUGGGGUCAAAUACCAGAAUUCCRAGGGCAAAAAUGGAAGAAAAAAUGAGUACUCUGCAAUCUUCUGCAGGAAAAUUUAAGAUUUGGAUGGGAACAGGCAUUCCUUAAGGUAAAUAAAUUUAUAGAUUUUGGGGUUCUCUGCUGUAAAGUGGGAAGCUGUGCCUGGAGUCAGUGGGAUGCCCAGAUUCCACAAGGAAAACUGCAAGGAAAGCUUCCAGGACUCCCAGAUGUGCAGCUUCAAUCCCCUUCCUGCUCUUUUUUUCCUUCUUUAAUGCAGAGAGCAGUAAAUUUAACAAAACUUGGAGCUUUGGAUUGCUCCUGUUGGCUUGGGACACGUGGUUUGGGAUCUCUUUGGCAUUCCAGGUGUUGGCAGCAGGUCCUGGAGGGAUCCUUCCCCWCUGCUCAGCUCUGCCAACUCACACCUGGAAUAACUGGGUCCAGKUUGGAGCUCCCCAGUAGGAGAGAGACAAAGAGAAUCCAAGGAAAAACCACGGAGAUGAUGAAAGGACUGGAGCAUCUCCUACCAGGAGGGGCUGAGGGAGCUGGAAUUGCCCAGCCUGGAGAACAAAAGGAUUGGGAAUCUUCCCAACAUCCAUAAAUCCCAGAGGGGAACGCACAAAGAAGACACCCAGGAGCUUUUCUGCCCAGUGACAGGACCAAAAUGGUUCCUGAACAUCAGGAAUUGCAUUUUUUCUGUGAGGGUGACAAGUGCAGGUCACUCUCCUACUUUUUUUCUGCAUUCCUUCUCUCCCAAAAACUCAGGAAAAUCUCUACUCAGGUACGAUGGACUCUACCUUUGGUGCUUUGCUCUGAAACAAAAAAUCUAAUUU